AAGGCCUCGAUAGCCACCACCGAUACAAACUCUGGCCGUCGUCAAUCUGCUCGCCAACCGCGAACAUCUACCUCGAGACCCAUCAACUACUAUGCCCGCACCUUUGGCCAACUCGACAACAAUGAUCACCAAGAUCCCGAUCCACCAGGCUUCUUUCCUGCUGUUCAGUAUUUCGCUGACUCGAUCGCUGCCCUUCCGCGUGAGGUUCAGCGUCAUAUCACUCUGAUGAAAGAGGUCGAGGCCAAGGUCUACGGUCCUACAGAAGCCUUGAAGUUUCUAACGUCUAGCAUCCUGAACAAGCCCGCUCCUCUCUCCCGCAACCAGCCCUCCUCUCCACGUCUGCUAUCCUUCACCGCCCCUCCCAGCGCCACGGCCAGUCUGGCUGGUUCUGUCGUCAACGGAAACCAGCCUCUCACCUUCGACCAGCGCGUUCAAGACGACCUCGAGUCGCAACAAGACGAACAAGCCGAUCAUGCAAGACGCUCUGAAUUUCAGUCCCUUCGUCAUGUCAUCGGUAACAUGAUCACCAACCUUGACGAAAAGAACGUCGUCAUGGCAGAAGCCAACCGUGCACUCGCCCAACAGCUCGCUCGUCUCGACAGCGUCAUGCCCCACAUUGAGAACGAGAUCAGCGAAGAGUCACGUCUGGGUAGUUUGACACACUGGGCCUACCAGGACAAUCGCGCUAAGAAACAAACGACAACUUCACAAAAUGAGCGCAACAGAAGAGACGUCGCUGCCACGAGCAGUCUUGCCGCUGCCGCAGCUGCUGUCCACGACCAAGACAUUGCCGCAGCAAGAGGAGAAGCAAGACGCGAAAUCAAGAAGACAAACCGUGCUCAAGCCAUGGAUUCAGACUUUGACGACCGUCCGACAAAGAGAGCGCAAACCGGAAAGUCGCGAAAGAAUGCUGAUGCGGAGUCAAAAGCUAGCGGGCUAGGAAUUGCCAAUGGCACAGCCAAUGCGGCUACAACAAAGAGAAGAAAGGUCGAGAAGGCUCCUGCUACUGCUGGUGCACCAGCCAUGGAGCGUUCGGCAAGCGGGAUGAGCACCGUGGCCAAAGCUGCGAGAGGAGCUGGUAACACAACACCAAGGUCGACACCAGCAGUCGAGACGACGAAANAGAAAGGAAAACCAGGACCCGCUCCUGGUACUGGCGCUGGAAAGAAGAGAAACACCGCCCUCAACCAGAUCACAAACUCACCAAGAUUACCCAACUCCUCACCCGUACUUGGGAAUGCACAACUACAACCCGAAACCAUCUCCAGACCUACUUCCUCUCGCAUGCGGCAAAACUCGAAUUCGAACUCGACAUCGAAUCUACAGCAUUCGCUGCUUCCGGAGAAAGAAGUCAGUCGUCCAGCAUCGGUCGCCGACAACAAAUCUGUCAAUGGCAGUACCAACGGACUUGUCGAGCCAAUUGCACCUUCGGUCGCGUCAAGUAAAGAGGCCAAAGAGAGUGUUGAAGAGGUGGAUGAAGACACGAUGAACGUUGAANAAACGGAGAGCACUGGUCAGAAGCACCGACCGGAGUCUUUGAAGAACGAAGACGUGACGAUGGAGGAUGUCAAUACGGAUCCCCGACCAAGGCGCGGAUCAAUAACUUCGACUCCACGCACAGAAGCAUUCCCUGAUGUGGGCGUGUCACGAACUAGGGGUAGACACCUUCACAAUGGACGCUCUCGUGGUAGCAACACACCGGACCAUUCGGCAUCGGGGCAAGAUAGGAAGAGCAGAGGCAGACGCAAGAGCGGUAGCGGAGCUCACAUCCUCAAACAAAUUGCCAGCUUCAACCGUAGCCCAGAUGCUGGAAGACGCCGCGACGAAAGCAAAGACUCUGAGAUUUCAGAAGACGACGGACAUGGACGAUCAUCAAGAAGAAGCCAACCCCCUCGCGUCACUACCACGCGAUCGUGGCAACGGGUCACGAGGAACGACGACGUCUCGACGAACAGAAGCAUCUCAAGAAGUGGACGACGAUGCAGC